AUGGCGGAGCCGCCGCCGCCACCGGGGCCUCAGGGGGGCUCGGCCGCACCUCCCGGCGGCACGGGGCGUGCCGGGGCUCACGGCGUGUCCUCCGCGGGCCCCGGCACGCCCCCCGCGGGCCCCGGCACGCCCCGUGCCGCCGUCUCUGAGCCUCAACCCCCUCGCCCACCCGGCCCGGAGGCUCCCCCGCGGCCAGGCCCGACGCAGGACCCGCUGGACGACCCCCGCUACACCAUCUCCAGCACCAACUGGUAUUAAACCAACAGCGCAGCCCCCGCUCCAGGGAGCCUCCCCCGCCGCACCCACCCCGCCACGGAGAGGAAGAAGCCGCCGGCGCGGAGGUUUCUCAAUAAAGGAGACCGAAGCGCAAA